AUGGCUGAUAUUGCGGCCGCUUUUGCUCAACACGAGAUCACACCGAAAAUCAUUCCGAAUCCGCCGAAGCAGAAGCUUCAUUUGACCUGGGAUGGAAUUCAAGUCGAGCCCGGAAUGACACUUCAGGUGCGCAAUCUCAAGAAUGCUCCAAGAUGGGCUCUUCCAGGAGCGGAUCCUGAGAGCAUCUACACUAUUCUUAUGAUAGAUCCGGACAAUUUGUCGCGCAAGAAUCCAUCGGUCGCCGAAUGGCUCCACUGGCUCGUCUGCAACAUUCCGGCGAGCAACAUCAUCGACGGCAUCAACGGCGGCCAACACCAAAUGGCCUACGGUAGUCCGGCGCCGGGACCACGAACCGACCUUCAUCGCUACGUCAUUCUGAUGUGGGAGCAUCAGGGCCGCCGCAUCAGUGUGCCGAAGCCGAGCUCGCGCGCCAAAUUCAACGUGAGACAAUUCAUGGAGAAAUAUCAGCUCGGCGAUCCAAUCGCCGGCAACUUCUUCUUGGCUCAACACGAAUAA